CUAAAGUGUACACUAUUUGAAAUGAUGGUUGAACAAAUAGCCCUUGCUGUUGGUCAGUUGAUAUUGAAGAUUUGGUCCCACCCUGUUAAAACACGUCAAGGUUUCCAUGCUGUGCACAGCAUAAGCUGCUGGAACGGGUUUAAGAAGAGAAGGUGAAAAAUUAAUUUACCAUCGGAACUGGAGCAGGACUUACCAUAAAUAUUAACUGGAAAUCUUUGCCUGAAAGCUUAAAACAAAGCUGCUCCUGUUCAUUUCUAUCAUCUGUGAGAUCUCUGCAAGACAAUGGCUACACAGAGAAAGGAAAGUUUUGAAUUAUUGGAUCUCAGGAUUUGGUUCUGCCUGCUGAUUUCCUACAGUAGUUGUUUCGCCCAGAAGGACUGCACUGGCGUGACUUGCCCUUUGCUAGAAUUCUGUAUUGAGGAGGUGUUGGAGCCUGGUGCUUGUUGUGCCACGUGCAUGCAAUAUGGUUGUGCAUGCGAGGGUUACCAGUAUUACGACUGCAUUCAUGCUGGGUUCAGGGAUGGCAAGGUACCUGAAGGAUCUUCGUAUUUUGUUGAUUUCGGGAGCACAGAGUGUGCGUGUCCCAGUGGAGGAGGCAAGAUCGGCUGUUAUUUUAUCCCUUGCCCUGAGCUUCCACAGAACUGCAUUGAAGUCGUGGAGUCAGAUGAAGGUUGCCAACAGUGUGCCAAGGUAGGGUGCCUUCAUGAUGGUCAGAAAUACACAGCAGGGCAUACGUUCCAUAUGCCACCAUGUAAAGUAUGCCACUGUGACAACUCUGGUGGUGACCUCUUGUGCUACACUCUACCUAACUGUGAUGCCUCCCAGGAACAGAAAUCUGCCUAUCCAAUAAUCAACGAGAAUGAAGAGCCAGCACAACAUUAUGAUGACCAGUAUAGCUAUGACCAAGAGCCUUUGGGUAAUGAGCACUUUCAUAAGAAAGGCCCUAAACAGUCUAAAGAAUACCGAUCAUUUAACAGAAGGCAAGAAAGAUACAACAUUAGAAGCUCAGGCAUGGAUGAUGAAGUUGAAUACAACAAUCUGGUGCCUACGAUGUCCCAUGAUCCAUUAUAUACCACAAAGGAGCCUUAUGUCAGUACUGCAGCUCCAACAGAAACAACUAUUCAAUCUACUGUGUCUAAAAAGGAAGUGAAAGAUGCCUGGAGAAUUGAACAGCUUCAAAGAGUGAAAAUCACAAAGAAGAAAGUGACUGAUGAGAAGAUAGAAAACAAUAAAAAGAAGGAGGAACAAACAGGGCCUGUGUUUCCUACAGUUAAAUUCAGUCUCACAAAACAACCCCCUAUUGCCAUUAAGGAAGAUGAUAAUUCUGUGCCAAACAAACAGCCGCAAACUUUGUUCCAUUUUCGAUUUGAUGAAGAGGAGAACAGCAUUAAGGUACCCACAGUUCUGAAUGAAGGAAAUGGAAGGCAUAAUAUCAGUUACCAGCUUGUACAGACUAUUCGUCCUAGUGAUCCAUCGCUCACCAGUGAGGCUUCCCUGCCCAGAACAAGUGAAGGUGUAAAUCCUCCAACAGGAACGGUCUUGGAGAAAAAAGCCAACCACUCCAGUGAUGACUUAGUUACUUCUCGAUCCACAACCACUGCCACUCUAGGAUCUACAGCUCCUCCUACAACAUCCCUAACUCCAUCAUGGGAUCCCCCCACCUCUAUUCCUGCCUUAGAGGAACCCGUUCAUGAAGAAAUUAAACCUUCUGCAGAUGUGAUUGAAAACUGCUGCAAUGCUGGACAAGAAUGGGCUGCAGAUAAUGGCCAGUGCUUUGAUAUUUCUGUGAAGGGUCUUCACACUCUCCCCUGCAGAAUUGCUCAGAAGCAGUGCUGCAUCUCGUACCUGGAGGAACAAAGCUGCAUAGUGGGUAUGAACUUUGCAAAAGAAGGUGAGGACUGCUAUGCAAACCCAAAUGAUGUCUGUGGAGCUGACAUAUACAAGAAAUGCUGUGACUGCUGUACUUUAGGAAUUAUAUUUUGGAGCCAGCACAAAGGGUGCAAAGCAAAGCCAAGUCUGGGCUACCCCUGUAGUCAGGCAUUUUUAAGCUGUUGCGAGGGAGCUGAAGAUCUUGGUCAUCUUCCUGUGAGACAGUGGCCCAAGCCAAAACCAUUGCCUGAGACGACCUCCAUUCCUGAACGAGUUUUGGAAUCAGAAAAUGUUAAGGAAGCUCAUUCACUGAGUGAAGCAGACACAGCAUUUAACUUCAUAACAGACAACGAACUAAGUGAAUGUACGAUGUAUCCUGGACUAAUUUGCCAGCAUUUCUGCAUCAAAACGUUGGAAUCCUAUGAGUGUACAUGUUUUCCGGGAUAUACACUGCAAGCUGAUGGACGCAGCUGCAAAUCAGAAUAUGAAGAGGAAGAGAAAAGUUUUAUGGAGGUGCAGCCUUCUGAGGCAACGCAGACUCUGGCAUUUGAAGACGUGGAUCGCUGCAGAGAUGCCAGUCCAUGCAUGCAUUACUGCAAUCAAGUCGGGAAGGAUAUUAUUUGCUCCUGUUUCUCUGGUUACAGACUGAUGACAGAUCAGACCUCGUGUGAAGAUGUGAAUGAGUGUGUACUGGGCACACACAACUGUUCAAGAGGAGAGUCCUGUGAGAAUACUCAAGGGUCAUUCCAGUGCAUCCCAAUAAUAACUUGUGAGAAUGGCUUUGUCGCGAAUGCAUUCAACAAGUGUGUUGAUAUCAAUGAGUGUUUAACUGAUUCCCAGACGUGCAGUUUUGGAGAAAUAUGUAUAAAUACAAUGGGAUCCUUUAAAUGUCAGAAGAUGAUUACUUGUGGACCAGGCUUUGAGAAAAUGGACGAUUAUUGUCAAGAUAUCAAUGAAUGUGAGCGAGGCAAUCACAACUGCGCAGUCAAUUACGAAUGUCAGAACACUCCAGGGUCAUUUCGUUGUCUUUCAAAAGUGCAGUGCCCUGAGGGAUUUCUGCAGGACUCACAAGGGAACUGCCAUGACAUUAAUGAAUGCACUACACUAACUCAGGCUUGCAAGCCUGGGUUCAAAUGCAUUAACACCGUUGGGUCUUACACCUGCCAAAGAAAUUUCAUCACCUGUGGAAGGGGAUACCAUGCUAGUACUGAUGGUUCUCAGUGCAUUGACAUUGAUGAAUGCCAGAAUGGAGUGCAUCGCUGUGGUGAAGGACAGGUCUGUCAGAACAUACCUGGGAGCUAUCGCUGUGAUUGUAAAAGUGGCUAUCAGUACAAUUCCCUGAGCAGAACAUGCACUGAUGUUGAUGAAUGUUGGCGCUAUCCCGGUCGACUCUGUGCACAUAAUUGUGAGAAUACCCCAGGGUCUUAUUACUGCACCUGCAGCACUGGAUUCAAGCUAGCACUUGACGGCAAGAACUGUGAAGAUAUAAAUGAAUGUGAGAGCAAAGUCUGUGGUCAGGAAUGUGCGAAUAUCUACGGCUCCUACCAAUGCUAUUGCAGACAAGGAUACCAGCUCAGUGAACAAGAUGGCCAUUCCUGUGUGGAUUUUGAUGAGUGUGCUCAAAGUGGAGGCACUGUCUGUACAUUCCGCUGUCUGAAUCUACCUGGCAGUUAUAAAUGUGCCUGUCCUGAGGUUGGUUAUACGAUAUCACCUAAUGGAAGAACGUGUAGAGACAUUGAUGAAUGCGCUAUUGGGACGCACAACUGCACAUCAACUGAAAUCUGCUUCAACAUCCAAGGUGGAUUCAAAUGUCCUUCAGUGGAUUGCCCACCAAACUACAGAAAAGUUUCUGACAUGCGCUGUGAACGCAUCAUGUGCCCUAAUUUCAUGGACUGCCAGAACAUUCCAGUCAGAAUCACCUAUUAUCAGUUGACCCUCCCGACCAACGUCCAGGUUCCAAGCACCAUUUUCCGUAUUGCACCUUCACCUGCCUAUAUAGGAGAUAACAUUGUGCUGACCAUUAUUAAAGGAAAUAACGAAAAUUACUUCAGCACAAGGAAGCUGAAUGCUUACACUGGUAUUGUCUACGUACAACGGCAGUUUAUGGAAUCAAAAGACUUCUUGCUGGAUGUUGAAAUGAAGCUUUGGCGCCAAGGAACAUUCACUUCCUUCUUGGCUAAAAUUUAUGUAUUUGUUGCUGCUCAUCCUUUCUAAAGCAAACACUGUAGCUGUUGUAUCUGAUAUAACGUUUUAAAGGGUUGACACUAGCACGCUCACAAGGCCAGUUGACUUAAUGGGGUGCAGGGGAAUGGAUGGGUUAUUUUGACUUUUUGCGUCAAUAGAAAUGAAAGCCAAGCAACCGAAUCAAAAUCACCUGUUUAACAUUUUAACCCUUGGUCGAAGAUUUUCCAUAAGUCAUCUUGUGAAUUGUAUUCACUAUAUCUCUCAUCUGUUGCUACCAGAGUAUAUUGACUGAUAUCUGCAAAGUAACUUAAUUGCACUGUGCUUCAAGUACAGUAUAUGGAGUUCAGUAUAUCUGAAUCACAUCAUUGGAAACAUAGUUGUCCAGUAAUGGUGCAUGACACAAAUCACUUAGUUGUUUCACAGUCUUGCAUGUCCUUUCAUUUCAAAAUUUCAAUCAAGAUAAAUGCUAAAGGAUGCAGGUUAUUAUCAAGUUAUGAAGAUUAAGCAGUUUGAUGUCCACUGCCUUCAUGAAAAUGUAUUUAGUUUAGUCUCAUUUGUUUGCAAACUCGUUUUGCAGUGAUGCCAAUCACAUUGAAAUAAGCCAUAAUUGGUGGGGGAAGUCAUUGUGAUAAUUUAAACAAAAGGACUCUUCCAUCUAUCUGAAGGGAAGUGAAUCUGCUCCUUUUUGUAAAAGGAGCUAAUUUUGGUAAAAAUUUAUCUUGGGUGGAAGUGCAAACCAAUGAUAAUGGGGAGGAAGUGAAACAUGGAAGCAGAGGACUGCAUUGUUAUCAGGAAACAGCCUGAGGCCCAGCGAAUUAUCCUGAGGGAUGAGUUAAGCUCCCACCAACAACAGCUGAAGGAUUUAAAUUCUGCUAAUUAAAUAAAUAUGGAAUAAGAGCUAGUAUCAGUAAAGGCAGCCGUAAAUUUAUCGGACUCUUAUAAAACCCAAACGGCUGACUUCUGUCAUUUAGGCAGAAGAAAUCUUCUUUCUUUCUGUAGAUGUAUGGACUCAAUUUGGGGUCAUAAUUGUCCUCUGAAUUGUUCUGGAAAGCCAUUCGGCUUGAGGGCAAAUUUAGAGAGGUUAAUAAUUAUCAAUCUUUGCUCAUGAAACAGAGAAGAAUGUUAAAAAAUAUAUAUUUUGCUUUACCACCCAAGAUAAACUAACUCAUCAUUUCUUGAAGUGGACCAUGCAAUUAGGAUGUGUUAAUAUGGAUUUUCUUAAAAGCCUCAAGUCUGUUGCCUAGUUAUAUUUCCAUAUAACUUUAGUAGUGAAAUUUGAUUUUUUUUAAAAAAGUAUUCUGUUCUGGACAAUGUUAACUUUAAAAUAGAUUUCUUGCCCUCAAGGGGAUUUCUAUCCUACCAUAGUGAAUAAAAUUAUUAGUGUGAGAAUAACAUUUUGUAUGAUACCAGAAAGCUUCAAUGACAAUAUAAACAGGAAUGAAUUUGUUCUGUUUUGUUUUACUGAUACUAUCUUUUUGAAAUAAUCAUGUUUAUGGUGUUACUUUUCACAGCCAAUAUCUCAUACUUUCUUAGGCACAGCUGAUAUUUGCUAAAAAUGUUCAUCCAAACCUAAAGCUAAGUACUGUUUAUACUUUUUUUUCUAAUUUGUAAUGUUGGAACUGAGAUUAUUUGUUAUCAGAUGAAAGUUUAUUCUGCCUUGAUAACCCUCAAAGGGUUUAAAUGUUCCACUCUUGACCACUUAAGGAUCAUCUAUUAAAUAUGGGCAUAGA